CUUCUCCUGACCAAUCCAGACUCUGACAGCCUCACGCAGCAGAGCCUGUCGGACGGCGAGGAGCAGCUCGACCGCCUCCAGCAGGCGGAGCUCACACGAAACACGUGCAUGUCGCUGUGGAGGGCGGGCGCCGUCCAGGCCUGGAUGGAGGUUGUCAUGGGGAUGCCCAUGUACAUCCGAGCCUGCUCUGAAAAUGUCAAAAGUGGCAAGAUUCUUUUAGGAUUGACCGAUGAGGAUUUGGAGCUGGGCCUGGGUAUCAGUAACCCAAUUCAUCGCAGGAAGCUACGACUGGCCAUCGAGGAUUACAGAAGAGCUGAAGGAGAUAAAGGACUGUCGAAAGCCUCUGAGAUGGACCAUCACUGGGUUGCCACAUCGUGGCUGAGUGACGUGGGGCUGCCUCAAUACUCCCAAACCUUCCAGAGUCACUUGGUGGACGGACGAGUGCUGAACUCUCUGAGUCGCAGGGACCUGGAGAGAUUCCUCAAUAUCGGUGACCAGUUCCACCAGACGAGUCUCCUUCUGGCAAUCCAGCUGCUGCAGAUGCUCAGCUUUGAUAAAGAGGCCCUGCAGGCGCGACGGGCAAAAUGUGAGCACCAAGACCGUGAUCCCAUUGUUUGGACAUGUCACAGAGUAAUGAAGUGGAUCAGAGACGCAGACCUCAAGGAGUUCGCAGACAAUCUUCAGGGUAAAGGGAUCCAUGGAGCCGUGAUGGCUCUCGAUCCGUCCUUCGACACCGACGCCAUGGCCAAAGCCCUGGGGAUCCCCGGCAACAAACACAUGCUGCACCGGCACCUGUAUGAAGAGAUGAAAUCACUCGCCGUCCCUCACGGCAAUGCAGAACAGGGCAAUGAGGUCAUCAGUUCCUCUUCACCUGUGGCUGUGAACCGCUUCGCUGAGGAGAGGGGCUCCAUAAGAAGAACAGGCAAGAGUCCGCUGAGGUUCCGUGCAAGCAGCCACUCGGUGGAGCGCAGCCUGGGCUUCCACGGCAGCUGUGGCUCGCUGCCCAGGGAGGCAAGAGUUCAGGCUGUCCCGCGGGCCAAAGGCAGCCCGAUGCACACCUACACCAACGUGGAGAUCACAAACGUCUGAACCAGCCUCAGCCGCUGAAAUCUCCAUCACUGUUUACAUUGUUAUUGUUUUAUAAUUGUUUACUGCUAAGACGAAACCUUGAAGAGGAUGUCUUAGACUGAUUUACCAAUUUAAUUUAAUCAUUCAAAUAUAUCAUCAUUUUGUUUUUGCCAGCAUCACAAUGACACCUAAUGGAGCUGCAAAACAUUUUUGUUUUGUUUUGAAUUUCCUGAUGAGUUUCACAUUAUGACUUCAUUGAAAAUCAUAGACGUGAAGACUGAAUGGUAACCUGCGAAUAACUGUACAGUGUUGUUCCUCUUUGAUGGCUUACAUGAAAUAGGUCUCAUGUUUAUAUUAUCUUCACACCACCGUUGUGGUCUCUUUUUUAACAGGUCAGCUCUUUUUUUCCCUCCUCACAUAGUAACUGGAGAGUUUUGCCUUAGGUACAGGAGAAGUCGUUAUAAUUUGCUUUGACAGCAGUGAUACUGUACAUAUCCGCUGUUAAUCUUCCGAGGACACCGGAACUGUGUCACGUCAGCAGCUCUGCACACACGUGCGCGCGUGCGCGACAUGUUGGCCCGAGUUUCUGGCUCAAAUCAGUUCCUCUACGUCCCAGCGACUCUCUCCAGGCUCCAUGCAGGUUUGUCACCACAAUAAUUAUCACACUGUAACAGAAACUAGACCUUAGUUAAAAGCAACAUUAAAAGAUAUGAAACCCGGAUAUGUGGGGAGGAAUGAAUUUGUCGUCAACGCUAACUUUAUUUAAAGCCCCAGUGUGUAAUCCAAGAGGAUCCAAGAGGGGACAUUUUAUGGUGGCGCACCACUAAUUCCCUUUCCGGUUUCCCUGGGCGAUGGAAAUUCAACGCGAAAUGCGACGUAUUCUGGACCGUUUUCUGCAACCGUAUUAAAUGCUACACUCCAUUAAACCUCGGAAGUCGCUCGGAAGUCGGGGUGGUGAUUUUUUUCCGACCUCCCGAGUCGCAGUGGAACGCAGCACAACAUGACGUUGCAAACAUGGCGACUUACACGGAGUUCGGGUCCCACUAAUGGAACUAUAUUAAACAAAAAAUAUUGGUUCUUUGUUGCACGUGAUUAUACAUAUAUGAUUAUACAUAUAUGGACACGCAAUAUAUUACAUUUUUUGUGAAUACUUUCUUCUAAAUAUUACACACUGUUGCUUUAAUGACACAGCAGAUUAUAGCACACAAGACAAUCUAGUUUAAACUGUACUUUUACAAUCUGUCUUCUCAACAUGUCCCAUUCAGUUCAUAUAAGAGAUCUGUUGUAGAUGUUUACUUUUCAUUGAUUAUAAAUGUUGGUUAAAAAUCACUUACAAGACUCGUCCAUGGUGAUACUGUAUACUGUUGACUGUUGAAAGGGAUCAUGGGUAAACCUGAAGGACAGACCAUGUUUAUAUAUUGUACAAGCACUGUAAAAGGACAGUGGUGUCGCUCAUCUUAAAGGGGAGAAAUAAAUGCCAUCUUUUGUACAGUUUGAACGUGUUUUAUAAAUCGCAGUCGUGUAAAGUUUGCUGUUCCCGAGCAUGAGCACUCGUGUGAAAUGUCACAUAGAAGCCACACUGUGUGCAGCUGAAACCCGGAGGCAAAGCCAAAUAGUGUAAAACAGGUUUUUCUGCCACUUCCUGGGCGUCUGAAAUGUUCAAACCUGCAGACGCGGAGGGAAGGAACUCAAAACUGUGUUCAAUGUUAACCUCCGGAGUUAAAACCACAUGAACUGUUUCUCCUCCCUCUGCUGUCAGAGCUUCUUAUGUACGCCAACGAUUAAAACAACUGUCGUAUUGUACCACAUUGACCUGAUAUGGUUGUUUUCAAAGAGAAGCUAAAUUAAAAACUGUGUUAACACACUAAAAAACUA